AUGUCCGACAUCCCGAGGUCAGUGAAAGCCCCAAUCACAAUCAGCGAAUAUAUCGAGACGCAGAGAGCUCACGGAAGUUGUACCGAGGAAUUGAAAGCAACGGUUGCGAAAUGCACGAAAGCCGGGUUGUUUUUGGGGUUGCCAUGCGGAAUUUGGGUGGGAUAUGCGUAAGUCGGCUUUGAUCAUUGUUGUUUGAUGUUUAGGAGGAAGGAUAAGCCUGUCCGGUACUAUAGCAAACAUUAAAUCGAAGACAAGUCUUAGAUUGAGGAAAUUUUCCAUUUUUUUGGAGCUGCCUAGUGUAAUAUCGGAAUUUGUGUCAAAAUGAUUCAAUUCUCGAGCGGAUUGUUGUAAAGUAGUGCAAAUAUUAUACGGAGAAGCUUAUCCAAUCUUUUUCGACCUUAUGUGUUAUAUAAAUCGACCUUUAUCCUGAGCUUUUACCAUCAGAAGGCAUUGAGGUCUAGUGCAAUAUAAAAUUGAUCAAAACCUUUACCUUUUCCAGACACCGAGGAAUUCCGACUCUCCGUACGAUACGACCAUUCCUCGGACAUUCGAUAUACAUCGCAGCGGUAACUACGCUAACAUUCGGAGGGCUUGGUGCAAUGAUAGGUUCGUACAACUGUCUCCGGGUGGUUCGUGAUUAA